CGUAUCACUCCGCGCUGUGUGGCUAUGUAGGGGAAGAUGGCGGUUGCUCAGGAGAUGUAACCUAAAGCUUGUUAGCUAUUGAUACGAAUUCUGGACUAUUUCCUGAUAAACUCACUGUGGAAACAUAUCUGUGAUGUCCAGGGCGUCACGCUGCACUAUUGGAAUACACAGCGAAUACCUGAGCAGGUACUGAGUGCUUGAGAUGGCUACAGGCGGAGCUCCACUUGAUGACUGUGCAGAUGAACAGGAGCUGCACAACUGGACUAUUGCCAAUGGCAGCCUGGACGACAGACUCAAUAACAUGGACUGGGGAGUGCAGCAGAAAAAGCCGAACCGCUCGUCUGAAAAGAACAGAAAGAAGCUAUCUGCCAUGUCAGAGAGCCGGCUGACCAAUGACAUCUCUCCAGAGUCAACACCUGGGGCGGGCCGCAGACGAGCCAGGACACCCCACUCCUUCCCUCAUGUGAAGUACACUACACAGAUGUCCGUUCCAGAUCAAGCUGAGCUCGAUCGACUACGCCAGCGAAUAAACUUCACUGACCUGGAUGAGAGGAGUAUCGGCAGCGAUUCACAAGGUCGUGUCACUGCAGCGAACAACCAGAGACAGCUCUCAUCGGAGACCAAGAAACCCUUUAAUUUUUUGUCACUACAUGUCAACACUAACAAGAGCAAACAGACCUCUGCUACAGCCCCCACCACACCUUUGGGUAAGGAGCCGAAGAAACAGAGCCCAGGGAAGGACCUGUUUUCUCCAAUGCCUGCUUUGCCCAGUAAGGAACUAAGUGGGCUGGACCGAAGCUCUGGGAUCCCCACGGAGGAUCGUCGAGGAGAGGCAGUCAUUGACAGCAGCCAGGUCGUUAGCAAGCUGGUGCAGAUCCGUGAGUACAUCAGUAAGGCCAGCUCAAUGAGGGACGACCUACUGGAGAAGAACGACGUGCCAGCCAACGUCGAGCGCCUGUCGCACCUAAUCACACACCUGAAGGAGCAGGAGAAGUCCUACCUGCGCUUCCUGCAGAAGAUGCUGGCGAGAGAGAAUGAGGAUGAGGAGGAGGAGGAGGAUGAAGGUGCUACAGUUGACUCAGCGGUGGGCUCGGGCUCGAUGGCCGAGAGCACGUCUCUGAACUUAGAGCCGCGUUCCGAAGCCUCGGAUGCCACCGGUUGUGGUGCGCGCGGGGAGCAAAAAGAGGAGCUGGAGAACCUAAGGAAGCAACAUGACCUCCUGCAGAAAAUGCUGCAACAGCAGGAGCAGUUACGGGCACUUCAGGGCCGCCAGGCUGCUCUGCUUGCCAUGCAGCACAGUGCUGAAAAUGCAAUCGCUGCUAUGGACGACACGGUCGUGACUGAGACUACAGGAAGUGUAUCGGGCAUCAGCAUUACUUCAGAACUGAAUGAGGAGCUCAAUGACCUGAUUCGGCGCUUCCACAACCAACUGCAUGACUCCCAGGCGGUCCCUGAUAACAGGCGUCAGGCUGAGAGUCUGUCUCUCUCCAGAGAGGUGUGCCGCUCUCGCACUACCCACAAUCCCCGGGGGCAGCCGUCACCUGCCACCGCUUCUUCGGCUAGUGCAAAACUCACCAAACUGCAGGAGCUCCAGGAUAAAAAGCAGACCAUGGACAAGAUCCUGCAGGAACUCCAUUCCCUCCGAGACCAGACCCUCAACAACAGUUCCUGUCGUGGUGCGUCUCAGCGCGGUGCAUGCGCAGGUGUGUCUGAACGCCCAUCAGUUUUAGGGCGUGAGGGAAACGGUGCGUGUGCUGCUCGACAAGAUUCUUCUGCAUAUGAUGAUGACAGCCACCCAGCUGACAAACUCAGGAAGCUGAAGGAGGUGCAUAAGCGGCUGAAUGAGUUGAGAGAGCUGGUCCAGUAUUAUGAGCAAACCUCCGACAUGAUGGUGGAUGCGGUCAACGAGAACGUGAACGAAGACGAGGACGAAGCAACUGAAGAUGGUUCGCUGUUUGAAGCCAUGUUUGACUCUGAGCAGGAGAACCGAGAACCUGUUACUACCAUCAGGAACCCAGCCCAGCCACAGGCGACAGGUAACUGGAUGGACAUGAACACACUAACCAAUGCUUGCACCAGCAGCUCCAACAACAGAGACGGACGCCUCAACUCGGAGUGUGAAAUCAACAACCGUUCCGCUACAAACCUGCGCAGUCUAAACAUCCCUUCUGUUAUCGAAUGCCAGUUUAACCGAGAUGGCCCUUACCACGGCACAAAGAACGGAAAUGCUGCCGAAGACGAGGACGAUGAAGAUGAAGAUGCCGUUGAGGAAGAGGAUGGUCCGAGGCAGAGGAGAGACAGUUCAGGUUCAGGCUCGAGCCGAAGGAGCAGCAUUCCAGGAGACUCAGAGUUUGCUCAGAAGGUCCAUCGCCUCCAAACGGCCAAGCAGAAACUCCGGCAGCUUCAGGAACUUGUUGCCAUGGUCCAGAGUGAUGAUACAGAUGGUACUGCAGCCAAUGAGGAUGAAGGCUUGCAUCAGCAGCCAAACAACACUAGGACCACAGCACCCAAAGCAAAGAGAGAACUCACCCUCACUGAUAAGGCCAGGGAGAAGCUGUAUGAGGAGAAGCUGAGGCAGCAGCAGCAGGAGCUGAAGCAGCUUCAUGAAGAGAGACAGAGGCUGAUUGAGAUUCAGGGGAAAAUACAGGACCUGCAGUGGGCGUGUCCUGACCUGCAGUCCUCUAUUUCCAGUAGUACCAGUGGUGCAGUGAUAAAGAAGCUCCCAGCUGCUGCCUCCACUCCAGCUCCUGCUCCAGUACCACCGUCUUCUACAGCCAAAAGCAACACAGCCGUCCUCAAACCCACCACUGAGCCCGCCCCUGUAGCAGUCACUGACAAUGAGCUGUGGUCAGAAAUGCGCAGGCACCAGGUGUUGAGGGAGGAGCUUAGGCAGAGGAGGAAGCAUCUGGAGAGUCUAAUGGCUGAACAGCAGAGGAGGAGCACGCUCACAGACUCCCCCUACCGAAGUGAUGCACACACUCCUCGCAAUUUCAGCCAUGAAGAGAGGACUAUGGCCACAUGGGGUGGCUCCACACGAUGCCAACUGGAUGAGGAAGAUGACGACUACUCAUCUGAGCUUGGGGCAGAUGAAGACGAUGAGGAGGGAGACGAAGGGGAAGAGUCUAGCUCCACAGAUGAGCUCCACGCGUAUCAGAACAGAAAGCUUCCCAGCUCUAACAACAGGAAAAAUAGAGACAGUGUGAAGGCUGUGAGUGAGAUGUCUGGACGGCCCUCGCCCCGUCGGCCCCGGCCCCAGCAUCGUCAGCAGAGUGAGAGAGACAGAGCCUGUCCCAGAUCUGCAACCAGAAGACAGGAGAACCUGCGCUGGGCUGCUGAUCUCUCAGCCUCAGAGGGCACCGCACACACGCACUGGCAGGAGCAGAUCACACAGCUGCAGAAACAGCUGGACUUCAGCACGACCAUGUGCCAGACGCUGCUUCAGGACCAGCAGACUCUGUCUUGUAUGCUGCAGUCAGUGCUGACUGGGCCGUAUAACGUGCUGCCGAGUGGCAUGGGCUCGCCGCAGGUUCCUCUCAUCAUGCACCAGCUCAACCAGUGCUACACACAACUUGCGUGGCAACAAAACAAUGUCCACAGGCUGAAACAAGUUCUGAGUGAGCUCCUCCGGCAACAGCAGCAGUCAGCAGGACAACAGCAACAGCAGCAACAGCCUUCCUCUUCAGGACAACAGCAGCAUCAGACUGUAGCACAGGAUUCUGCAUCACUGUUUUUCCCCUUUCCUCCUAUCAGCACACUGGGCUUGCCUGGAAUCGCCAGCUUCUCUCCAAUGUCCCCUGGUUUUAACUUCUCUCCGUUGUUCCCAGCGAUGGGGCAAGAGGUCCAGCAGACAAGCGGCCUUCAAGCCAGUCCAGAACAGCCACAGCACGACCCAAAUAUAUCCCUCAAAACUGAAUACAUGAGCUUUCCCCCUCCGCUUCAGAGGACUCCGCUCAACAAUGCUGAUAAACGCUCUCAGAAUGACUCCCACGGUUCCAGCUGGUUAAACUCCUCGAUGAACAGAUCAUGUGACCAGCGUGCUCCCAUUGCCCCUGACCAUGCACAGUCACCGCUGGACUCUCCUUCCUCGUCUCCAGUCCCCCACCCUCCCACAUACGCCCCAGAAUCGCAGGACUCUUUAAGCAGCCUGGCAGACCGGGCUGAUCCCACCACUGUUACCAAAGCCUUCAGACCAGGCCGCAAAGCUUCUGCACAGGCCAGCUUGGCUUCCAGAGACAAAACCCCCAAAAGCCGCCGCAGGAGGGGAAAGAAUCAGAAGAACAUGGCAGGGUUAGACAGUGACACUGGUUCCAGCGCUACUGAGUUCGGGCCAGAAAGAGAGAGAGAGCGCUCCGCUCAGCCAAAACCUCGGGAUUCAAACCAGAGCCUUCUGGACAAACUGACUCAGGAGAAACUGGACAGCAAAACCAAGAACAACAAACACAAUGACGUCUCGUCAGCGUAUGCUUGGAGAACUCCCUUCCUCUCUAACAGAAUCGCAUGCACAGAAGCUCCAGAUGCCAGCAGUGAUUUCUCCCUGUUUGAGGCUCUGAGAGAGACGAUCUACUCUGAGGUGGCGACGCUCAUCUCCCAGAACGAGUCCCGUCCUCAUUUCCUCAUCGAGCUCUUCCAUGAGCUGCAGCUGCUCAACACAGACUAUCUUCGCCAGAGGGCGCUCUAUUCACUACAGGAUAUCGUCACUCGGCAUCUGACGGAGAAGAGUGUUGCCGAGGAACAGGGGUCAUCACUGGGGCCGGCUGUUUGGGCUACGGGAUCACAGUCUGAACUCACUCCCAGCGAAAGCCUUGCUACUACUGAUAAUGACUUGUCUGAUAAAGACGUGAGGGUGAAAGCUGGAAAGAACCCCCAAGAUGGAUAUUCUGUAGAUGAUGAAAGCCUAAUGUCCACUUCGUCCAACCUGGAGCCUUUCGCCAGUGAUGAUCUAGGUAAUACAGUCAUUCAUUUAGAUAAGGCUCUGGCUCGUAUAAGGGAGUUUGAGCGCAUGAAGCUAAAGGCGGAGUUUGCUGUUCCUAACCCUGAGCUUUCUAGUGCUGCUGCUGCUUCUGUUACUGCUGCUGCUGCUGAUUCAGCUUUUACUGAAGGUCAGUCCUCCACAGACGUCCGAUGUCCUCAGAUUGACACCCAGCAGUUGGACAGGCAGAUCAAAGCCAUCAUGACUGAAGUGAUCCCCUUCCUGAAGGAACACAUGGGAGAGGUGUGUUCUCCGCAGCUGCUAACGUCCGUGAGGCGCAUGGUGCUGACGCUGACUCAGCAGAACGAUGACAGCAAAGAGUUCAUGCGUUUCUUUCACAGACAACUCGGCGGCAUCUUGCAGGACUCUCUGAGCAAGUUUGUGGGACGCACACUGCAGGACUGCGGUGAGGACCUGCUGGUUGAGAUCUCAGAGAUCCUGUUCAACGAGUUGGCCUUCUUCAGGCUCAUGCAGGACAUAGACCAGAACACACAUCGUCCCAAGAGACGCAGCGACCCCACGCCCAUCAGACACACUCCCACCACUACAGAGGUGAAGAAGACUGGAGAAGGAGAAAAGACAUUCUCACCUUCUUAUUUUGAUGAGGAUAAAGACCAGGAUGAAACUGAACAGGGCGAGACGUCUCUCAGCGUCAAGGUGGACACGAAGCAAACGCAGGAGAAAGAUGGACAGAGCAGCAUGGCCUCAGCUGGAGAGGAAGAGGAGGAAGAGGAGGAGGAAGAAGGAGAAGGCCUGCCUCUCUCUAUAAAUCUCUCCAAAGCAGAGACUCAGGCUUUGAAUAACUAUGGCAGUGGGGAGGAUGAGAACGAACUGGAGGAAAUGGAGGAGUUUGAAGCCGGACCUGUCGAGGUUCAGACGUCACUACAGGCCUCAGACAGCUCAGCAGAACAGCCCCAGUGCAAUGGACUUUUACCAAAUGCAGCGGCUGCUCAGGAGUCCAGAUCAGACCAGGAGAGCACAGAAAGCAAUGAGGGUAAAAGCACUAAGUCUGAGUCCAUAGAGGUGAUGGACUCUCCAGAAGAGGACAGGGAGCUGGGAAGUUCUGAUAGGAAGAGGAAGGAGAAUUCUCCUGAACUUCCUGCUGCUGCUGCUGCUGCUGCUGCUGCUGCUGCUGCAUCCUCAGACCCUGAAGCCUCUUCAGCACAGGACACUCAUCAGGACUCCACCACCCCCAGCCCUCAGACUGACUCCCCUGUUAUGGUUAAUGCUGAUGAGGUCGGUUCUGGAAACACCAGUCAGAAGUCUGAUGAGGAAGACUUUGUUAAGGUUGAAGACCUCCCUCUACAGCUGUCGGUAAUGUGUGAGGAGGAGCUGCGUAAACGGAUCACAGCUGAACAGAGAAACAAUAACCUGUCUUCAGAGAUUCUGAAUGGGGCGGCAGAUGGAAUGACUGGACUUGUGGGCAGUGCACAUGCUCUUAAAGAGCCUGAAACUAUUGGAGCCCAGAGUGCAUGAAAACGGCUUUUUUAGCGGCACGUCCUUACGGCGACACUACAGAAGCAUCAUCUUUACUCUUAAUAAAAGUUAUUUAAUUCCUCAAGAAUUCUUGGAAAGCAAGUUCAACCUAUGCCUUUGCCAAUGUAGAGCAUUGUUGCCUUUCAGUGACGUUAAUCCAAGCUUCUUUUAACGGUUCACGUGACGGGGCUCUCCGUGCGUAUCAGUUGGUUUUACGUUGAAUGUUUUAAGAGCGGUUUUAGAGACCGUUUUUGAAAUGGGGUGAGUUUCACUCUGUUUAUGUAGUUUAACGCUGAGCUCUCAUUUUUCCUUCUUCUCUUAAAGCCGAGCCUCACACUGGAAACUCCUCUAAUCUCUAUGGCGGUUCCUGUCACGUUUACUUUUUAGCUUCGCUCAUUUUGUCUUUUCUUUCCUAGUUUUAUUUUUGUUUCGUUCAACUCUGUGCCUGGCUCAAAGGCCACACAACCUCCUCUUUAUGCACUUUUACCCCGUGAAACCGAUUACAAACAUCAGGGCUUAAGGCCAGAUAGACAUUUAGACUCUGAUUCAAUUCGCACUUAGUUAAUUCAAGCUAAAAAAAUAAAUAAAUAAUACAUAAAAAGUCUGGUGAAAUGAAAUGGCCUCUGACCGUGAGCUGCAAGCUGGUUUUGGAGAAGAAUCGUGAGCGCUGACCUCCGCUUCUUUCUCUCUCUCUUCUAUUUUUGGCCUUAAUACACUCUUUUUCUCUUCCUUUUUAUGUUGUUCUUCUUCUUUUUUUAAAGUUAGCCUUUUUCAGUGCUUUGGGUUCUCUCACCCAGUUCUGUUUGGUUUGUUUUUCUUUUAAUGUGAAUGUGAUUCUCACAUGUUUAUGUUGAAGUUUUAAGAAAAUGAAUAAAAUGUGGAUUUUUACCUCUUCCCUCUGAA